CUGCAGGCUGCAGGGUCUGAUAUCAACAGGCCAUCGAGACACGUCUCGUUCACACCGCGCUCUAACCGCGGGAGAGUGAUGGUCCUCCCGAGCGGUCCGAGGAGCGGAUUUACACUUUCUCAGCCGCCACUCAAACACGCAGGAGCUCCACGCAGAGGAGGAGACGGGGAGGACGCCUCCGUUUAUCCGUCCAUUCAUCAGAAUUAAUCCGGACCUCCCGGCCCCCCCCUCUCUCUAUCAGCCCGAGCGGAGGCGCGAGACUACACCACGAGCCGCUUCGGUCGGACGUCAACGUCGGUCGCACGAGCGAGAAGGGGGGGCAGCUGGGAAGGGGGAGAAAAAAGAGCCCGUCUGUCAGUGUGUGGAUGCAGGGAGAGAGACGGGGGAGAGAGGACCGCCGCUGCCGCACAACUCCAAUUUCAGCAUCCGACCGGCCGAAUUUUCCCGAGGGUACUUUGUGGAUUGCGGAUUUAAUCUGCAUCUUCUGACCAAGUGGACAGUCACCCCUCCCCCUCAGGGAAGGGCACCAUGACCCAGGAGGGGCAGGCUCUGCCCUCUCCCACCCCACCAGAGAACCCAGUAGAGCCCAGUACAAGCACCACCACUGACCCUCCCAAAGAGACACACAACAAGCCAGAUGAUGACAAGCUGGAUGCUGGGGCGAAGGAAGAGACAGAGGAAGGGAAACAAGAAGAGGAGGUCAAAGAAAGAGAGGAGGGGGAGACGCACAGAGAAGGAGAAGGGGGGGUGAAAAUAAAAGGUGAUAGAGGAGAUGGUGAGUUGAAAGAAGAGAGGAAAGACAGGGCCCAGGAUGAGCAUCAGCAGACAGGAAGAGAGGCAGAGGGGGAGAUACACAGAGAAGGAGAAGGGGUGAAAAUAAAAGGUGAUAGAGGAGAUGGUGAGUUGAAAGAAGAGAGCGAAGACAGGGCCCAGGAUGAACAUCAGCAGACAGGAAGAGAGGCAGAGGGGGACAGGGAAGGGAUGAGGGGGGAAGGAUGUAAAAAUAUGGAGGAAAGCUUAACGGGGGUGGAGACAACACAUGAGCUGGAGGAGAUGAAAGAGGAAGAGGAGGGGAAGGAAAAUGAAGAAAUUCACCCAUGCACAGAAGAGGAGGCAACCAAUUCUCAACAAGCUGGCCGAUUGGCAAACGGUAUAGCUGGGAAUGACGAUGAAGAUGAAGCGGUUGAGGAGGAUGAAGGAGGAGAAGAGGGGGCGACACAAACACACUUGGACACUUUCAGUUCUAAUUUUGAGACAACUGUAGAACAGGCUGACACAGAAGUGGAGGAAGAGGAGGAAGAAGAGGAAGAGAUCCACAAAGAAGGGGAUGGCAGAGAAAACCAGGACAGUUUCAGCUCGGCGUUUGAACAGAUUGUUGAGCAGGUCGAUGUUCAGGAUGAGGAAGAAGAGGAGGAAGAGGAGAGAGAGUUGGAGGAGGAAAGGGAGAAAAGUAAGGUGGACAACAAAGAUGGCUUCAGCUCCACGUUUGAGCGCAUCGUGGAGUCUGCCCUGCUCCGGGGUGGGACCUGCUACAGCAGCCUUGACUCUUUGGACGUGCUGUCACUCACAGACGAGACAGACAGUUGCGUUAGCUUUGAGGCGCCACUGACGCCGCUCAUCCAACAGAGGGCACUGUUACAGGGUCCUGAACCUCUGGAGCUGGAGUUGGCUACAGUUCAGGAGCAAGAAGGGGCUGAGGCUGAACUCACAGCUGGGGAAAAUGCUGGAGCAGUGGCUGGAGUAGGAGGAAGCCCUCUGAGGACCACCAUACCAGGGAGCAGGUCAGAGUUUGUGCUGAGCCAGGGUGGACGCUGGGCCAUCCCGAAUGGCUAUCACACAGAUUGCCAGGGAGCCAUGACUAACUCUGUCAGUGAUGCCAACCUCACAGACGUGCUGUCUGACUCAGAGGAGUGUGAUUUGGGCAGUCUGGAACACGGGAGCACAGAUACUCUGGCCAAUGGCUGCCGAGCCGACUGUGAGGCUGCGAAGAGGCUGGCCAAGCGCCUCUAUCACCUCGAGGGCUUCAAACGCUGCGAUGUGGCCAGACACCUGGGAAAGAAUAAUGAGUUCAGCCAGAUGGUGGCAUCAGAGUACCUGAGCUUCUUUGAUUUCUCUGGCUUGUCUCUGGACCGAGCCCUGAGGAACUUCUUAAAGGCCUUUCCGCUGAUGGGAGAAACCCAGGAGAGAGAGCGGGUCCUUGUCCAUUUCUCCAGGCGCUACUGCCAUUGCAACCCACAGACACCCACCUCUGAAGGUCAGAGUUGUGAGGGUGAUGAUAAAGACAAUGGAGCCCACACAUUAACCUGCGCCCUCAUGCUGCUCAACACAGAUCUACAUGGACACAACAUUGGGAAGAAGAUGUCCUGUCAGCAGUUUAUCAGUAAUCUAGAAGGCCUCAACAAUGGGAAAGACUUUCCCAAAGAUUUAUUAAAGGUUUUGUAUAACUCGAUCAAGAACGAGAAGCUCGAGUGGGCAGUUGAGGAGGAGGAGCUGAGGAAGAGUCUGUCAGAACUGGUGGAGGAGCAAUGUGAGGGCGGGAGUAAACGUGUUGCUAGGGUAACGGAUGGCAGUAACCCUUUCAUCGCCAUUCCCAUUCUCUUAAAUGCUGUCACCUACAAGCAUGGUGUGCUGACCCGCAAGAGCCACGCUGAAAUGGACGGCAAACGCACCCCGAGGGGUCGCCGUGGAUGGAAGAAGUUCUAUGCGGUUCUGAAGGGGAUGAUCUUAUAUCUCCAGAAGGAUGAGUACAAGCCAGAUACUGACAUUUCAGAGGUGGACCUGAAGAACGCAGUGCGGAUCCACCACGCUUUAGCCACUCAUGCCACCGACUACAGCAAGAGGGCCAACGUACUGAAGCUCAAAACUUCAGACUGGAGAGUCUUUCUCCUGCAGGCACCGAGUGAGGAGGAGAUGAUGUCUUGGAUCUUCCGGAUUAACCUGGUGGCGGCGCUGUUUUCUGCCCCAGCCUUCCCUGCUGCCAUCGGCUCCAUGAAGAAAUUCUGCCGGCCCAUCCUGCCAUCCUCAUCCACCCGACUGAACCAGGAGGAGCAGCUGCUGAGUCACGAGAACAAACUGAAGCAGAUGAGCCUGGAGCUGGAAGAACACAGGAAAAAUUUGCCCUCAGCUGACCCAAAAAGCCGAGAGUGGGAGGAGUACCGGCUCAAAGAGCACUACCUCACGUAUGAGAAGACUCGAUACGAGACAUACAUCAGCCUCCUGCAGGCUAAGAUCCGCACAGAGACGGAUGACCUUGAGAAGAUUGAGGCCAGCGUCAUGGGCGGGUUGAUCAUGGAGGGUGGUCUGGCCGGCCGCGAGUGCCACCUCCGCAAGACGCAGUCCUCUCCAUCCAUCAGUCAGGUCCACGGCGGCCUGAAUGGGAGGGCUGCUGGAUGCACUGUCCCAGGAAAGAGGAGCUGA